AUGAGGGACAAGGUUGGUAUAUAAGUUGUGUUUUUUUUUAUGUUUUAGGUCAUGAAUUGUUUUACAAUUUCUAACACGUUGCGUGACCAUUUUUACUCAAAAAUUUAUUUUAUUUUUAUGUUUUAGUGGAAGAAGAAACGUAUGCGAAGGUAUGUGCUUGGUUUUUAUCAACGUAAACAUAUUCCUAAUGUGUAAUAGUGUGUCUGUUAAAUUGUUCUCGGACCUUGAGGCCUUAAUAGAGUGACUUGGAGUCCCUGUGAUGGUUCAAGGGCGAUGUGUAGUUUAGAAAAUAGUAGCUGCUUUGACGAUUUAGUGCCAACAUGUUCACGUUUUAUAUACUGUAAUGUUAAAAUACUAAACUUAAAGCCAGAAUGUUUAGUUUAGUGCCAGACAGCAUUCCAUGUAAACACAAUUUUAUUACCAAAACUGCAGAGCCUUCCUUUUACCCAAAUUUUGUGUCAAAACAUUCUGGAAUAGGUUGUUCCAGAAAAGAUCCACACUCACCCCACAGAGGAAAUUUCUGCUGUCCAGAGGGGGAGGGAGGAAACAUUGUUUCUGAUAAUAGCAAGUGUACUAGGACAUCCGAAGGGGGUAGGGGGGGUUCCAGUUUUCUCUGCGGGGGGAUAUGGAUGUUUACUGGAAUGACUCAAUGGGUCGUUCCAGAAAAGAUCCAUACCCCCCCACGGAGGAAAUUUUUGCUGUCCGAAGGGGGAGGGAGGAAAAAUGUCUUAGGAUGUCCGAAGGGGGGGAGAGGAAAAAUGUCUUAGGAUGUCCGAAGGGGGGGAGAGGAAUGUGGAUAUGUUUGUCUGAAGGUUUGAGACUGUGAUAAAGCCAUGUGAUCGGCGAUUAUAAUGAGCACGCAAUUUUUAUCGGCUAUAUAUAUGCAGCUCUUGAACACCGGAACGUUUAUGUAACAGCAAUAAUUAUACGUCCACGUAACUUGUAAGCAAAAUAAGCGGCCCACUUUUGCAUGCAUGGCCACCAAAAACUAACUCGCUGUAACAGCGUAUCCUGCAUGUUGAGAAUGAGUCGAAAAUUGACACGCUUUAUUUAUAUAGUUUGCAGUUUUCGUUCGCCAUAUAUAAGUUUGAAUUAUUCAAGUGUUAAAAAUAAUAGUUAUUAAACUGUUGCUCGAAUUAAGAGACUGCUAUGUGAACUGAACUCAAAACAAUUUGUUUUAGUAUAUAGUCAAUAAAGCUUCCUUGCGAGGUGCGUGUCUAGAAAAUAGAAAUGGCUUUCAUAUUAAGGGCGAGGUUAAGGAAUGCAGUAAUACUAAAAAAUGUAUUAACAUGUAAGUAAACACAGCAACGCUUGUCAAUCAGUCGCAAGUUACAUCGAAUUUCAGUCCGAAUUUUACUUGAACGAAUUUCGAAGUGAAUUUCUGCAAAUUAUCCGACAAAACCUGCCACGUGUUUGUGUUCGCAAGUCACAAGAAGCCGCCAAGUGUUCCGCCACGCCAGAGCUAUUUGAAAACAGCGUAGAAAAGUCACAAUAAGCCAUCGCUAAUUCACUCUACGUUGGAGCGAAAUCGUUUGAAAACUUUCACGUCACUUUUGCCGUAACAAUUUGAGCACGGUUUCUAAACGGAGCGAGGUGAAAACGGCGGAGCGCUUGAUAGCUUCGUGUGAACACAAACGUGUAAACUUGAAUGCUUUUCAGUUAAAUUUCUUGGGUCUAUUUGAAAUAUUUUGGGUUUACACGAGUGCUAAUUCAAUUUGUAAACAAACUGUAAUGGCGGUAGUGUGAACACACGUAAAUUCUGCCCGCAUUAGUUCGCUCGCGCGUAGUGUGAACGUAGUCUAAUUUUCGGUGACGUUUUCAAACGGCAAGGUAGCCUUUAGAAAAAUUUAGAAAUAGUGGAUGUCCGAAGGGGAGGGGGGUAAUUUUGGGCUUGGAUGUCCGGAGAGGGGGGGAGGAUGAACCAUUCAAGGAUGUCCGAAGGGGGGGAGGGGGUUAUUUUCGAUUUCCUCCGUAGGGGGGGUAUGGAUCUUUUCUGGAAUGACCCAAUGCAACUACAUUCCUAACAUCAUGAAAUGAAGAAUUUGGAAAUGGUAACAUCUGAUUGGUCUGCAGUAGAAUUGUUCUAAAAUUAGCUAUUAAUAGUUUGACAUUUAAGCGGCUUUGCAAGUAUAAUCCAAUUCAUUUCUAGCAAUUUAUGAUGCAGUGUGGAUUAUAAUGGUCGGUAAUCAGUUAUUUGACGAACAAAAUAGGAAAUAAUCGGUACAAAUUAUCAGGCAUUGACAAUAAUAUGUGUGAGUGCCGAUUGCAGGCACAUUUUAAAGCACUAACAUUUUAACAAUAUUUAGGUCACAAAAUCUAAAUAAGAUGUGUUUUUGCAGGCACAUCUUGAAUGUUAAAUGGGCCCUGCAAAUUAUCAAUUUAUUAGCUCAUCAAUGAAUGGGGAAAUAUUGAAAAACUGGCCGAUCAUUAUUAUUAGGGGGGGGUGCACACCUCUCAGAUCUGGUCUCAGAUCUUGUCAUGCAGGCCUAGAAAACAAAUUAUGUUGUUGAACUUUUUCCUUGGCAUUUCCGGGCCCUGGCCAAAGCAAGCAGCAGCACCCCCAGAUAUUUAUUCCCCCCGAUAUUUAUCCACCUCCCAAACGAAAAUAUGAAAAUUCGUCUCUGAUUAUGACGUGUUUAACGUUUGUCAAUCUUUUUAUUCUAAAAUGUGUGAGCUCUCUCCUUGAUGAUUUGCUGACUGUCUGGCAGCGGACAAAGUAACAUAUGACUAUGUAUAUGGCUUAAUAAAUCAGUUCCGGUUCCAGCCGGAACUUAAAAAAUGGUUCCGGUGUGGUGCACCCCUAAUAAUUUGUGGUCCCGGGCAUAUCCUUAACAACAUCGUCAUUCUGAAGAUUUUCAAGUCAUCAAAUCAACAUGAAUGCUUGUUACGACAUUGGACGAGUUUCGUAAAAUCUGUCUCAUAGCAGACACCAGACUUGUAAGGCUAUUCUAAAAAGCUUCAAUUUAUUACAGUAAUCAAGAACAAGCAAGCAAAAAAAACACAGCAGUAUUAUCAAUUAAGAACUAAAACGUAUUAUUUAAUAUCAAAAGAGAAAGUGCUACUAAAAAUAAAAAAUCCUGUCUUUAUCGUGGUCAGCGUUUCGGAUUGCAGACUUGCAAAAUUUUUUAUAGUAAAAUGACACGUAUCCGCUAAAAAGCUUUUCGUGUGUUUUAUAUUACUUUUAUUUGUCUUUUACCGCGUACAGGUAAGAAUGUCUUUCAGACAAUGGUCAAAUAUAUUUCUUGCUGAUCAAGAUGAACAGCAACCUUGCUUUUUCACUGAUCAAAAACAAUUUCCUGCCGGUCUUUGAUCGGCCGUUAUUUCGAGUCCUGAUGGCUGCAAUAUCUUCAGAAAAUUUACGAAAUUUGCCACUAAACAACGCCAUUUUGUUUUUUCGCAAGCAGUGUUUCCACUUCUCAAAACUCAAAUUUUCAGGAAGGAAUUUUGCAAAUUGAUUUUUCCUGUCUAAUUCGAGCCCUAAUUUAGUUUAGUAAGUUGUAGUUGGCUAGAUGAACCAGCCAAUCAAAUCGCUUGCUAUUGAAUCACUGGAACGAACUUCGAAACAAACAUACGCAUCACAAACAGUUAAAAAGAAGUGCAUGAACCUGUCAUGAUACGUCUCAAAGUUUUAUUGACAACGGUUUAUUCGUCAUCUCCAACUCAGCUUUUAAUUUCAAUUGCCCACGCACUUGUAUCGUAAAUUCGCAAUUGCCGCCAUACACACGUUGAAUAUCGAUAUUUUUGAAAUAUCGAUAUUUAUCGAAAAUAUCGAUAUAUCGCAACUGCCUAUUCCAAAUUUACAAGUAAACAUUUGAAGUCAUUAUUAGUCAAUUUUGUGGCCAAUGUGUCGGGCAAUUUUACGAAAAGUCGGGCAAUUUUCUUUCCGCCCCCCUAAUUUUUUCCUUCCGGUACGCCCAUGGAAGUCAGUUUUGAAAAGCAAAUUGAAAUGAAGAGUAGUCUUGAGCUGAAAUAGAGAUUGUGUCGUCGUGUUUGCCUCCUCUUGCCUAAACCUGUCUAAUGUCCGAGCAACUGUACAGUUGGUUGUACAUUGUCAGACCCAUGUGAAAUUGUUAUAAUCCAUUCUGUUGCGAUGUAAAAAAACACCACUAGUCACAUCACUGCCUUCCUGUUAUCUUAAACCAAAGCAAAACCCUUUUCAAUUUGCUUCUCACGGUCCAUAUUUUCCCAUAGAUAACGUUUGUUUCUAUUCGUUGUUAGGCUGAAAAGAAAGCGCAGAAAAAUGCGAGCCAGAUCAAAGUAGACUGGAUGCAGUGUGUUGUAGACUUGGAACAACUUGGUGUCACAGAGAAAAUUGUCGUGAAGUGUGAACUAACUUUUGAAGAAGGAUGUAUGAAGCAAUGA